CAUAUGCAUACUUGCUAUGGAAUUAGUAGGUAUUGUUACUGCAAUGUAAUGCAUCGCAUCGCUCUCGCACUCGCACUGAAAUAUUUACGAUUCUGCAAUCGAUUCUACAGUCCUAUUUUAUUAUCAAGGAAGGACAUUUUUCACAUAAAAAUACUUAAUUUACACUACAUAUGUCGACGCCAUAUUAUUUCGCAUGCGCAAUGUUUUUGUAGUGAACUUGAUAGGUUUCUUGCACAUUUGCUCAUUCAACAUAAGUUUAUGGAGUCCCUGGAUCAAGAUAUAUCGGACAACAAUAUGUCGCAGCCAGAUAGAAAUUCUGAAUCUUCACGGCUUGUAACUGCCAACGCUUCAUCCAAGCCCAGCUACUUAAAUAUCUUCAGUAAUCUUCUGUCCUUAGUUUUUGUGGGCAUUGUAACAUAUUGUUCUUUUGUUAAUGGAAUCACUUUAUUCUCUUUCCACCCACCACUUAUGGCAAUUGGAUGGAUGAUCAUCAUGACUUCUGCUAUAAAUGCAAUCUCACCCGGGGAUCUAGCAACUGAAUGGAUGCCAAUUAGACUUCGAAGUGCUCGACAUUGGGUUUUGCAGUUGUUCGGAGCAAUAUUGAUUUUAGCUGGAUUUUUGGUAAUAUUGUCAAACAAAAUCAUCAAUAAUAAACCACAUUUUGCCACACUGCAUGCAAAGUUUGGGUUGUCUGCAUUGAUUUUUAUGGCAGCCACUAUGCUGGGUGGAAUAGGUGCUCUGUAUAGUCUGAAACUCAAACACUAUUUGGCACCAAUCUAUACAAAAUUAUUACAUGCCUCUAUUGGCUUGGUCACAUUUUCUUUGGGAGUUGUGGCAAUUUCAUGUGGAUUAUUUUCUGAUUGGUUCUCUGCCAAAGGGGAAAUUUUACAAUAUACUUCUUUGGUAAUUGUUAUUCUUGUAAUGUUAUUUACUCUUCUGCGGCCUUCUUUGAAGGUAUACUUUCGCUUGAGAGAACGUUUAGAUAAUGUGAACUAACUUACCCUGGCUAUGACAUCUAUGAUCUUCAUUUCCUGAAUUUUGUGAUAUAAAUAGUUUAGUUAAUUUGUUUUUAUAUUGUGAUAAUAAUUUGAAAAUAUUAACCAUGUAAAUCUAAAACCAAAGAUAACAUUUUAACCCAACUACAACAAGUUCUUUAGGGUAAUGUUUUUGAUUGUUUUUAAACCUAAAAUUUAUUAUAUUUUUUUAAGUAAGAAUCAUAUGAGGCAGGCACAAAAUAUUUAAUUGCUAUGACAGGAAAAGUAGUGUGCCAAAAUACUAAACAUAAGAUAUUUUUUAACAUAAGAACUUACAUAUAUAUUUUUUACUUUAUCUUGUAAUAAUUAAGAUAAAGUAAAGAAAAACUUUAAUGAAGUAUAUAUAUUUUGGAAAUUUUAUAAACAAAUGUUUUUAAUCUAUAUGUAUAAUAAUUUUAAAUAAGAUGCUUAAUAUCACAAGAGCUCUUAUAUUUUAAAACAGGGUAUUGUUUUUUUUUGUUAAUUUAUAUUAAUUGUAUGUUAUAUUUUAAUUGAAAUUAAGUGAUCUGAUGCAGAAUAAUGAAUAAAGUUAUCAUGUUUUUAAUUA